AUGAUCAUUCCAACGGUCACGAUGGUAGUUUUCCAUCUUCUUCUUUUAUUCUGUUUAUGCCACGCUGAAUAUUACGACUAUGAUGCUACAAUUAGACAAGUUCCAAUUUACGAUGGUAGUAAAUUCUAUGAGAUGAGUCCUUCUGAAAUGGAAAACGCUUUCACCAAAACGUUAAACGGUCUUUUGUAUUCCACUAAAGAAAAUGUUGUCUCUCAUGUGCCUUCUACGCCGGAACAUUUUGUCAGACAUUCUACCGAUGAUGAAGAUCUUGACUUGGUGAUGGAGUACGUAAAAGACCAUUCCUUCGACAAAACUGGACAACUGAGAUAUGCGUCAGUGCCAGUUAUUGAGGAUGAGCUGGUGAACGAUAUUUUGAAUGUUAUCUUUGGACGAAAGGAGUACAUUCGACUUUUGAAUAACCCAGAAAGAGCCGAAAUGACUGAUAUUGUUAGGGAAAUGAUUCGGGUUCCUACCCAGGAAGUGCUCAAGCAACAGCUCUUCCACAAAAUUCUUGCUUCUCGAGCAUAUUAUGAAAAGUUCUUCAAACCAAUGCUGGAAGACAAUAAUAGGCAGAAGUUGUUGGAGUUCGGCAGGCAUUUGUUGGAUUCGCAUAAAAAUGGAACCCUGUCAACCUCUGAUACACUGGAGCUGAACAAAAAACUUCAAAACAUUGCGUUUUUCGAUAGACCAGAUGACAAAGAAUUCAGAGAGAUGGUUGAUCUUUUGCAAAAGGUUUUUGGAGAAUCCAUGAACAUCACCGAAAAAGGUAUUAAAGUGCCAUUUGUUCCUGACGUGACGGUCAGAAAUUCGUCAUCCAGUGAAGAGGAGAUAGAUACAGAAUGGUCAUCGGAAGAUCCUCAGUCCUCGACGCCCGUGUAUAUUUCUACAUCCGGAGCCAUCACCAAUGAUCCAUCACCAUCCACGGAGCCAUCGUCGACAUUAAGAACUUCAGCUGUAACACCAGAUUCUAUUCAAUCUACUGUGACCAUGACUGCGGAGUACAAAGCUACAACGUUAAACUCUAGUGAGGAUUAUUCAGAAGACUCAUCGAUGACUACAGGAGAAGAUGAAUCCGCAUACACAAGAGAAAAUGCCGGACCUUUAGACCCACAGUAUAUUCCACCUGCCACCAGAAGAACUUCUGAAUUCUCUACAGACUCUACAACAGUUGAAAGCACCACAAUCCAUGUUUCUAGUACAGCGACAGAGAUUAGUUCAACUGAAAUUGAAACAUCAACUGCAAUUAAGGAAACAACCACUGAAGAACCAAUGGUUUACAUCAGCAAUUCGAAUGAUGAAGAAAACGAAGAAAAAGAAGGUUCCCUUUAUAAUGGCACAGAACCGGAGAAGAAAAAGUCAUUUUUGAAUGCCGUCGAACUACCGAAACAUGAAAAUCAGACAGUUAUCGCGACAAAUGGGAAGUCUCCUAACUCAACGCAAUCCACUUAAAUUGUUUCAAGAUACGGUUCCAACAAACUGUUUAUUUAUUUUUGUUGUAAUUGUUUUUAAACAAAAAUCAAAGUAACAA